CAAAAUACUAUAGAAAUAACACAGACGUUAAACUUAAAUUUCAACAGAGUCAGAUUAUAGUUUGAUAAUAAAUGUAGUAGUGAGGUCAGUGUGAGGUUAUUUAUUAAAGUCAGUAGAUGGCAGUGGUGUAACGUUAUAUCCAGCGCACUCCAACAGAAGACAUCAAAGAAGAGAGAUGAGUAUGGACGGGUCACAGGCAUGGUGGAGGCCACCACGUGCUUGUGAAGUCUACUGGAGUGAAUUCAAGCACUGUAAGAGUCUAAUGAACAGAUUUCAUCAGUACUACACACAUGGCAAUGCUCCAGACUGUCAGCAGUGGAAAGAGGAUUUUAACUCCUGUAAAGAGUGGGAAAAAAACCAAAGCGCACAUUUUAGGGAAUCUCUUCAGCAGAGCGAGAGGAAGCGUGUGGCCGAGCAGAAGAAGUUCUCUCCAGUCUGGGAGCUCCGUCAGACUCCUCCAGCUGACUGGCAUCUGCCACUCAACCAGGGCAAACCACAGGACUCUUAAACACACAGUGCAGAUUACAUCAGACUAUGGAUGAUUGUCAUAUACAAUAAAUCCAUGAAGAAAGUU